UCGGAUCGUGUCGGUGUGGUGUGGUGUCGGCCACCGUGGACAGCGCGGUGCAUUGUGGGGAAUCCGGGGGUUCUGUUGCUGGUGGUUCGCGCGUUGGAACGGGCGGCCGUUGGGUUCGGAACGCGGCGCGGGCGGCGGCGGCGCGCGGCUCGCAGGGCGCUUAAAAAUGACAACUGCUGCUCGACCGACGUUUGAACCAGCUAGAGGAGGGAAGGGAAAAGGAGAAGGAGAUCUGAGUCAACUUUCCAAGCAAUAUUCGAGUCGUGACCUUCCUUCUCAUACUAAAAUAAAAUACAGGCAACCGACCCAGGAUGUCCCAGAAGAGCUGCGUAGCCGUGAUUUUCGCAGGGAUUUGGAGGACAGAGAACGUGCUGUGGUACGUGACAAGAACAGAGACCGACCACCCAGAGAACACACAACAUCAUCUUCGAAGAGGCCACGGCUGGACCAGAUACCUGCAGCUAACCUUGAUGCUGAUGAUCCAUUGACAGAUGAAGAGGAAGAAGAAGACUCUGCUAAGGAUAGUAGUAGCGAUGAUGAUGAUGAUGACGAUGACACUGCUGCUCUUUUGGCUGAGCUAGAGAAAAUUAAAAAGGAACGUGCUGAAGAACAAGCCCGAAAGGAGCGUGAACAGAAAGCUGAAGAAGAACGGAUUCGAAUGGAAAAUAUUCUAAGUGGCAAUCCUCUACUAAAUCUUAUUGGACAGUCAAACUUCAAAGUGAGGAGGAGGUGGGAUGACGAUGUUGUGUUCAAGAACUGUGCUAAAGGAAUAGAUGAAGCAAAGAGGGAUAAAAGAUUUGUAAAUGAUACACUUCGCUCAGAAUUCCACAAGAAAUUCAUGGAAAAGUACAUUAAAUAAUUACUGUUCAUUUCCUUGAGGAAAAUCCCUUCCCACCAAAGAGGAAAAACGAAUUUACUCUUUAUUUCCUAUUUGCCUCCUCGGAAUUUACGCCGGCUAUGCUCAAGAACGGGAGCAUUUACUUAGGAUUCCUAAACUGCCGAUUAGCUGGCAGGCAGAAACAGUCCAGAAAAUGACGAUGGAUCCCUUUAUGAAGCAUCAAUUUCACCUUUGGGUCUUCUUUCAUCGCAAAUAAGAUUAAGAACUUGGUGAUGUGGGAGGAUGGAAGUUUAAUUUGGAUGUGUCCUAUUCCUGUUGUGACAUGUUGCAUCAGUUUGUUUUGCUACGUAAAUGUAUUUCCACAAUCUAAAAAUAAAUUAAUUUUUUAAACCAA